GUAAUUUCAAAAAUUCUAGUAUUCCAUUUUCCUUUCUUUUUCCAUCUUUUCCGCUUUUUCCCUCUUUCAAUUUCCUCUCUUCUUCGAUUCCUCAUCCCACUCUCCCUUCCAAUUUCGUAGCAUCCAAAGGUCGUCGGUAUCGAAAAUCCAAGAAUUUUUGCCGACUUUUUGUUGCAAGACUUCACCUUUUUGGCGAGUGAUUAUUAAAGGAGGGAGAGUGGGAGAUCUGGUGCCAAGGAACCAAAAGGUUUGCUCAUUCUGUUGGAUUUGUCUUUCUCUCGCUCAUAAAUCUCCAGCCAUCAUCAAUUUCUCUCAGGUUCUUGCUGUGUUUUGAUAAGGAUUGCGAGCAAGGAUUUCAAUUUCUAAGGUUAGCAAAGACUGUGGGGCCUGUCAUUUCUAAGUGACAGUGAAGUGGUUUAUGAGUUUCACAUCCUAGUUGGGCAUUUCAUGUUAUGCUUGUAAGGAUAAGUAAUCAAAUCAGUGAUGGCUGCAAGUACUCCUGCUUCUGAGCAGAGGAUCUCUCGCCAGUUAUCAUCUGUCUUGUCCUCUGCUGUUUUGGAAUGGUUCUUGAUCCUUCUGCUGUUCAUCCAUGCCCUUUUUUCAUAUCUGGUAACAAUAUUUGCUCGUUCCUGCAAAUUAAAGACUCCAUGUCUUUUCUGCUCAAGAUUAGACCAUAUCCUGGGCAAUGAAAAAUCAGGCUUUUACAUGCGUUUAAUUUGUAACUCACAUAAGUCAGAGAUAUCAUCAUGGGCAUUCUGUCAUGUUCACCAAAAAUUUGCUGAUGUCCAUGAAAUGUGUGACGGCUGUCUCCUUUCACCGGCCACCAAGAAGAGUUCUUGCACAGGGACAUAUAAGAAAUUAAUCAACAAACUUGGGGUAGGUCUUGAUGAUAAAGAAGAUACUUAUCUAGCAUCACAUCCAGUUACUGAUGGUGAUCACUCGCAUAGUAAGUCUCAUGGAGAAGAUGGAGUGCAAGUCCCCCUACUGAAGAAGGAUACUGCUUCUGCAAAGACAAGAUGGUGCUCUUGUUGUUCUGAACCGUUCACAGAUAGCCCUCAUUCAUUGCUUAAAAGCAAUCUUUUUGGAUCUGAAGUUCCUGGCAUUUCUUUAUCAAGCUCAGCAGGAUGCAGCCAACCAACUCAUAGAAGUGAUCCGAUUAAGUCAAGAGAGAUGCCAUUGGGGAAUGGAAAAAUCUAUAAUACAGAGAAUGAUGGAUUUGCUCGGCAUCCUCAUGUUGGAUACAGUGAGCUUAAAAUUAGCUCAGAUACAGAGUCAGAAGCGUUGUUAUCAGAUGAUGAUGAUAGGAAUGCCCUUAUCCAUCCAAAUGAAGUGCCUGAGGAAGCUUCAUGCCAAACUCAAUUAGUGACUGUUGAUGCUAAUCCAAACAAUUCAACUGUUACUCUUUCAGUUGAUAUUACUACAGAAAAGCUAAUUCAGCCUGAUCCUGCACUGCUGGAGCCUUUGAUUUCAGUUACUGAGCCACAUCAUUUAAAUGAGCAUCGGGAAAUAUCAUCUCCGUUAUCUGGUUCUACUGUGCACGAUCUGGAUGAAAUAAGCUGGAGCAGAGUUGAAGUGACAGAAAAGCCGCUUGUAACAUCCGGAAGUGUAGCUCAAACCGUACCUGUGGAAGUUUCACAUGCAAAAUCUACAUUUGUACCUGCAUUAUCAAGUGGGGAAUUUUCCAAGGCUGUGAACUCCAAUGAAUUAAAUUCAGGAAAAAGCCAGAUUUUGAAUAACCUCAGUCCAACUUUGCACGUCCCUAUGGAUCUCAAUGAUGCUUACAAGCUUGCUGUUGGAGGUAAGGGGAGCCUGCCAUCUCCUAGCUUCACUGAAAUAAUUACUGGGAGGGAUUCCACUAGAGUUCAUGAGGAUCUGAAAGUUCUGCUGUCUCAAAUUUCUGCUUCACGAGGUUUUGAAUUCCCUUGGAAUGAUGUGAGCCCAAGUCCCAGAUUACAAGGACUCGGUGAUGAAUCUAUUAUAUUGCAGAACAUCACCAAGAGACUUUCUAUCGAGAGGAAUGAGUCAGGGGUGGAAUCUUUAGAUGGAAGUAUUGUCAGUGAAAUUGAAGGAGAAAGUCCAAUUGACCGGCUGAAGCGACAGAUUGAGUUGGAUAGGAAGUCUAUGAGCAUGCUGUAUAAGGAAUUGGAAGAGGAAAGAAAUGCUUCAGCAAUUGCUGCAAACCAAGCAAUGGCCAUGAUUACAAGGUUGCAGGAGGAGAAGGCAGGUAUGCAAAUGGAGGCUCUUCAAUACCAAAGAUUGAUGGAGGAGCAAGCUGAAUAUGACCAAGAAGCACUUCAAAAAACAAAUGAGCUACUUACUCAAAGAGAGAAGGAACUGCAAGAUCUUGAAUCUGAACUUGAAUGCUACAGGAAACGAUUCUCUGGUGAGCCAUUGUCAGACAAAUUUAUGGAAACCUCUAGUCAUCUAGAGGCAGAUGAAAAGAGCUUGACAAAUAAUGCUCUUCUUGAGGAAUCUACACAUCAUAAGAAAUCCAUCAGAGAUAUCAUGGUGUCCCUAGAUCCUUGUUCCACCCUGUCAGACCCUUUAAAAGAUCCCUUGUUAGAUUUCGAAGAUGAGAAGAUUCAUAUCACGGAAUGCUUGAAGAAAUUAGAGAGGAAACUGCAACUCUUCUCAUCUGGUUCUCAUGCAUAUGAAGAUGAUGCCUGUGAUGAGAAAUGCGAGCUUGUCAAUGGUCUAAAUCAUGAACAGGAGAAUAUAGUAUCAAAAGAUAACACAAGUAACGGUCACUAUUCUGUUGAGGAAACUGGGAGCUGUGAUCCGGAUUACCCUCAGUGGGAUGACAUGGCUCCAAAUGGUGCUCAUGUUAUGGACAAUGUACAUGUCAAAAGAUCGGCUUCCCAGUUUUCCAGCAAAGAAAACCAUAAAGAAACGCUAUUACUAUGUGAUGUUGUUCAGGAUGCAGGAUGCUUUCCGCUGGCUGGCGAAGAGAGUGGCUCUGCUGCUCUUAGAACUGAGAUUUUACAGCUAAAUGAGAGGUUGAUGGAGCUUGAAGCAGAUAGAAAUUUUCUUGAGCAUGCCAUAAAUUCAGUUAGAAAUGGAAAUGAUGGAGUGCAAUUUAUCCGAGAGAUAGCUUGUUACCUACGUGACUUACGAAAAACCGGGAUCACAACAAGAGACCAUUCUGUUUCAUGAACCUUUCUGGAGAUGCCAGUUUCAAUGAGGUUCGCCAACAUGUCGUCACUCAGGACUCAAGUGUAAGUUUUCGAUAGCAUUGCCAAAGGCCGACACGGUGCUGCUAGACAUUAUACACACCCAAGUAUUGUUCAUCCUUUGAUUUCGGUUACAUUUUUAAGACAGAUACUUCACAAUUCCAUCUUGGUCCCAGUUUAUCUUUGGUUCUGGAUUGCUUAUAGGUUUGGUCUUUUUUGUUUUUAUUGAUUGGUUUUUAUGAGAGGAUUGUUGAACUGUAAAAGAGUGAAUUAGUUAGAUUACUGUAAAAGUUGGAUUUUAAACACAUCUGUUGAUAUUGUACAUUCACAGGGUGAGGCUUUGUUUGUUCCAAAAUUUUUAGAAAUGGAUGUAAAUUUAUGUAUACUGAUUUGGUCUGUGGGAUAAGCUAAUACCGAGUUCUGUGUUUUGUUU